CCACCCAAAAGAAAAACCUUUAUACCUCUGUGUGCAAGGUCCAACACAAGAAUCUGUUGAUAAUGCUGUUCUUCGCAUUAAUGAAAUAAUUGCCAGUGGGCCACGUCCAAAAGGUAGUCGAUUCUCACCUGUUGUUCGUCCUCCAGGCAAUUUACCACCAGGUGUACGACCGCCACCCAUUAAUCAGCCACCUCCAACUAUAAUGUCUUUCACCCCACAGCCCCAGGGGUAUUACGUCAUUCUCUCUUUCUUUUUUUUUCUCUUUUUUAAGCAUGGAACUCUUCUGGGGCUACAACAAGCUAAGCAAUUAGCUGAGAAUUUGAUUCAGACAGUUCAACAAGACUACGCCCAGUUUCAGCAAGCCCUGGCUGCCAUGCCCGCAUCCGUGAGUCCUGGGACAGCCACUUUGUUGGCUGGUUUGCAACAGCAGACUUCUGCAACCCAGAAUUGUGCACCUGGUGGAAUUAUUGGUCAGCAGCAAGGUAUUCCUCAGUUAAGUGUUUCCCAACAGCCUCAAUAUUCCCAUGUACCUGGUCCAGGAAUGCAAACAGUUACUUCACUUCCACCUACUUUCCAGCAAGUUUUGCCAACAUCCUCUGUGGUUCUUCCAGCUAAUUCACUGCCAGCUAGUUUAACAAGCAUGCCACCACCUACUCUAGUGUCUCAAGCACCUGCACAAGGUAUGGUUAGUUCUGCUAAUGCUGGUGGUUUAGUGAUCCCUGUGUCAUAUUCAACAUCAUUAAAUCCUGUACCCAUGGUCACAAGUCUGUCUACGACACCACUUCUUUCAGUUGGCAGUGGUCCACCACCUCACAGUACUCCACCUGGUCAGUUGGAUGCUAGUGGAGGUUUACUACCUAAUGCUACUCUACCUCCUCCAAUAUUGCAAGUGUCCACUGCUCCUGGAAUGAAUCAAUAUGCUGCUACCACUAAUGAUCCUUUUCUUACUAAUACUAAUUUAGCAGGUGGACAACCAACACAAGUAAUAGUUGGACAACAGGCUUUGACACCUGUUGGAAUGUCUUUGGCUGGUGGUACACCCCAGAUGGCACCACAGUUUGCUUCACCAGUACCAAACUCAAUUGCACCACCUAUCAAUACAUUGCAACCAGGAGUUCAAUUUGUUUCACAGCAGCAGAUUCCUGCAGCUGGACAGCCACCUCCACCUCCAGCUUAUUAUGGACAGUUUACUGGUACUGCCAGUUUGCCUAUGAGCUUACCUGCAACAGCAACCUAUACAGUGACUCCCACUACUUAUGCUAUAGCAACUUCAGGGUAUGCAUAUAAUAUGGGACCACCUAAAGAUGAUGCUGGCCAGCCACCUCCUCCUCCACCCCAACAAGCUCCACCCUCACAAUCUCCUGUGCCUCCUCCACAACAACCUCCUAAACGGAGAUUCACAGAAGAAAAACCAGAGGAAAAGGUUCCUGAAAACUUACUUGGUUAUCAGCAUGGACCACCACAUUUAGCCAACAUGAUUGCUUCAGGUCCCCCUCCCUCUGUGGUUAGCAGCCAACAACAAUGUCCAGUUUCACAGUCAUUCAGCCAGCCAGUUGUCACUGUAACACAAACAACCCAAGGUUAUGACGAUUUCAGGACUCAAGGCUUUCCCAAUCCACCACCUGUGAACCAGCCAGCAUUUGUGACACCACCACCUCCUCCACCUCCAUCUCACAGUCCAUCUCCAGAAAGAUCAGAAGUUGAUAAGCAUUUGAUGCCACCUCCACCACCACCUGGAAGCAAGCGCAGUUCUCAGCAUCAGUCUGCUUCUGAAUCCCAAGAACAACGCAAGAAAAUGAAAGGUGCUCUUGGUAGUGUUGCAGUAUAUGGGUCUGAUGAUGAAGAAGAUGAUUCUAGUUCUCCAAAUCGUCAACAGCAGCAGCGGGCUGCUCCAUUCAACCAGCCAGGUUCAAGCAAUUCAAAUUUUGUUCAGCAAAAUCAGCCUAGUCCUCCACCUCCAUCUUCUCUAUCAACAAACCAUUUUGACCAGUACCUCCAAGGACAGAUACCCACAACUUCUCCUCAGCAACAUCAACCACAGCAACAACCACCUUUGACUCCACAUGGACAAUAUUCUCCACCUGACCCAAACAAUCCAGUCCCAUAUCAAUCUUGUUCUAGUCCUACCAACUUUGCUGCAAAGCAACCUGCUCAACAACAGCAACCACAGUCAACCAAUCCGAGGAAUUCUUAUGAACAAAUUCUCUCUUCCCAACCAUCCCAGUUUGGUAUGCCACGUCCACUAGGUCAGUCCACAUUCACUACAACUAGCAUGCCAACCUCUCAAGCAUAUCUCCCACAACAGCAACAACAACCACAGCCUCCUCAGUUUAAUGGACAUGCACCAGCUGUGGCCACAAAUCCAGGAUACCUUCAGCAAUUUGCAAGCCAGCCUCCUCCUUCACAACAAUUUUCCAAUCAGCCAUCUACAGCUCAACCACCUCCAUUUCAACCUCCUCCUCCUGGCAUGUCAUUUUGGAUGUCUCCAACCUGA